AAAGGCUGGCUGAUGACUGGCUUCCCUGUCCUUCCAUCGCUUGACAAGGUUGACAGGCCACCUUUGGCACAUCAACACUGGACUCUGAGGUCAUUCACUUCCCCCUUCCUGAGCUGCACAGCCUGGCUGGGGAUUUGCCUUGUGCUCCUGUGGACAGUCUCCUUGUUAUGCAAGUCAACAGUUCAGCAUCUUCUGGGAAGUCACAGCAUGAAUCUCUUCUCAAAUUGCUUUUGUUGGAGUGUGUUGACAGCAUGUUAGAUGUCCUCUGGCUUGUCCCUACAGAGAUUGCUUUUGAGAGGAGAUAAGAGGAGAGGAACUGUGUAUCCUUUCAGCAGCCUCCUGUUAAACUUGGAAUCCCACAGCUCAAGCACGUGAACAGAUGGAUAAUGGAGACUGGGGAUAUAUGAUGACUGAUCCAGUCACGCUAAAUGUGGGUGGACACAUGUACACGACCUCCCUCACAACUCUAACGAGAUAUCCUGACUCAAUGCUCGGGGCCAUGUUCAGGGGAGACUUCCCCACUGCCAGGGACUCUCAGGGCAAUUACUUUAUUGACAGAGAUGGACCACUUUUCCGUUAUGUUCUUAACUUUUUAAGGACCUCAGAGCUCACUUUGCCACUGGACUUCAAGGAGUUUGACCUGCUCCGGAAGGAAGCAGACUUCUAUCAGAUUGAGCCCUUGAUCCAGUGUCUCAAUGACCCCAAGCCGCUGUAUCCUGUGGAUACCUUUGAGGAGGUGGUGGAGCUGUCCAGCACCCGCAAGCUUUCCAAGUACUCCAACCCGGUGGCUGUGAUCAUCACGCAGCUCACCAUCACCACCAAGGUCCACGCGCUGCUGGAAGGCAUUUCAAACCACUUCACGAAGUGGAACAAGCACAUGAUGGACACCAGGGACUGCCAGGUGUCCUUCACCUUCGGGCCGUGCGAUUACCACCAGGAAGUGUCGCUGCGCGUGCACCUCAUGGAGUACAUCACCAAGCAGGGCUUCACCAUCAGGAACACCCGCGUGCACCACAUGAGCGAGCGUGCCAACGAGAACACAGUGGAGCACAACUGGACUUUCUGCAGACUGGCACGGAAAACAGAUGACUGAUUCUGACUCCACAGGAGCCACUUCAGUGAUGAGCAACUUCAUUGGACAGUGAACCCAAGAGAGUCUGGAUUUUGACUAAAGCAACAAUAUGGGCUUUUUUUAUACGACUAUUUAUUGUUUAUCAGUGAGGACUGGAGGAGUUUCAUUCUCUAGCAGCUCUGUUCUUUUGUCCAGUUCAGAAAAAAAACCGUGCAUGUGCCUGUUCAGUCAAGACACCUUUUUGUUUGAAAGAGGGAGUCCGAAGAAUCAGUACAAUAGGGUAUUUUGUGUCAUUAACACAAUUCUCUGACUCGACUCAAAGUGCUAAAAUUACCUCUUGUUUAAAUGGUUUCUAAUCCAUCUAAUGCUAUGACACUGAGAGCAAGAAACAAAAAAGAUUUUAAAAUGCAGUUUGGGGAGAAGCUGCUAUUGUGUAGACUAAUUUAGUUUCUAAAUCAAUAAACAGUAUUGUAAUAUUCUAGGAAAACAAAUCCCACCCUUUAAAAGUACUUGAUAAGUACAGUUUCUUACAGUUAUGACAACUGUUUCUUUCUAUGCAUAUAAAUCAAGCAACCAAAUAUUAUCUGUAGCCAUGGAAAUAUGAUUACAAAUAUUUAUAUUGGAUUCUAAAUGCAAAAUGUCCCUGUGGUAGAAUUCAUAUUUUUAAUGCCUGGUGCAAUAUUAUUCCCAAGUGUAAUGCCUGCCAGAAGAAGCUAAUAAAAAUGUGAAAUACAGAA